UGGCGCAGCGCCGCCCUCGGAGUCCGCGCACCGGCGCACACCCGCGCACCCCGCGCACCUCGCGGCCGCAGGAGGGCCCAGCGCCGCCGCCCGCCAGCUCCCAGGGCCUGGCCGGGUCCGGCGCCGGUGCUCUCGGGGUGGACUCCCGGACCUCCGCGUUCUCCCGCCCGGCGAUGGCCCUGCUCGGAUACUUCUUAUUCCUCUACGGCCUGAAGCAGGCGCUGGGCAGCUACCCGAUCUGGUGGUCCCUGGCCGUCGGGCCCCAGUACUCGUCCCUGGGCACUCAGCCCAUCCUGUGCGCCAGCAUCCCAGGCCUGGUACCCAAGCAGCUGCGCUUCUGCCGGAACUACGUGGAGAUCAUGCCCAGCGUGGCGGACGGCAUGAAGAUCAGCAUCCAGGAGUGCCAGCACCAGUUCCGCGGGCGCCGCUGGAACUGCACCACAGUCAACAACAGCCUGGCCAUCUUCGGCCCUGUGCUGGACAAAGCCACCCGGGAGUCUGCCUUUGUGCACGCCAUCGCCUCGGCCGGCGUGGCCUUCGCUGUGACACGCUCAUGUGCGGAGGGCUCCGCUGCCAUCUGUGGCUGCAGCAGCCGCCACCAGGGCUCACCAGGUGAGGGCUGGAAGUGGGGAGGCUGCAGCGAGGACAUCGAGUUUGGCAGCAUGGUGUCCCGGGAAUUUGCUGACGCACGGGAGAACCGGCCAGACGCCCGCUCCGCAAUGAACCGCCACAACAAUGAGGCCGGACGCCAGGCCAUCGCCAGCCACAUGCAUCUCAAGUGCAAGUGCCACGGGCUGUCGGGCAGUUGCGAGGUGAAGACCUGCUGGUGGUCGCAGCCCGACUUCCGCUCCAUCGGUGACUUCCUCAAGGACAAGUACGACAGCGCCUCCGAGAUGGUGGUGGAGAAGCACCGCGAGUCGCGCGGCUGGGUGGAGACGCUGCGGCCCCGCUACAGCUACUUCAAGGUGCCCACGGAGCGCGACCUUGUGUACUACGAGGCCUCGCCCAACUUCUGCGAGCCCAACCCCGAGACCGGCUCGUUCGGCACCCGCGACCGCACGUGCAACGUGAGCUCGCACGGCAUCGACGGCUGCGACCUGCUGUGCUGUGGCCGCGGCCACAACGCGCGCACCGAGCAGCGCCGAGAGAAGUGCCACUGCGUCUUCCACUGGUGCUGCUACGUGAGCUGCCAGGAGUGCGCGCGCGUCUACGACGUGCACACCUGCAAGUAGCGCUACCCCGCCGGCGAGCGGCUGGGCUGGGG